GGAGAAAUAGGGAAGAAAACCCCAGAAGUGGUGAUCCACUUUAACGUCAUAGGGCCCUCAUUGAUAUCUGUGAAGUUGUUUCUGCACAAUUGCUAAGAACCGUCUCCCUUUGUAUCUCCAGGGUUAGGAAUAAUGGCUGAGAACUCCAUUGAGAGACCACAGACCCCGCUGAAGUCUCGGGCUGUACCUAUCCAAGAUGCCAAUGUUAGUGUCGAUUUGAAAUCACCGGUAUCAUCACCACAAUCAAUGCUGAAAUCACCCACUUUCACGCCUUCAUCGCUGGGGACAAGUUAUCAGGUCUCGAGUUCCCCUUCGCCCCUGCUGCUUGCUGUGGAUGAGGUGACUCCGUUGAACCCUCGCGAUGAAGAGUCGGCGCUAUACUCAGAUUCUGAUGGCGCUUCGCAAAUCAGUGCACUGCCAUCGAGAGAAGAGAGGCGUAAGGGCAGAAAGAAGAGCAGUAGUGGGAAGAAUCGAAGAAGGAAAAGUGAUUCAGAGAAGAGUGGGAGAAGUGCGAGGUCCUCUAGUGGGCAAAGGGACAAGAUUCCUCAAACUACCAAGAUAUUUCGAAACCUGUUGGUGUUGGAGGAGAGCUUACGACAACAGUAUAAGGAGCAGAAAUCCUUACGGCGUAAGUUUACAAUGUUUUUAGCAAUCUUGGCUGGUCUUGAAGGUUUCGUGAUAUACUUACUCUAUUUCACAAGUCCUGUGUUGUCUCAGUUUAGACAAUAUUCCAUGAAAUUCUCUGCCUUUUUCAUUCUAGUCACACUUGUGCUCUUCCAUUUGUCAGGUGAAUAUCGUCGAACCAUUGUCAUACCCAGACGCUUCUUCAACUCGAUGAACAAGGGUAUCAGACAGCUAAACCUUCGACUUGUUAAGGUUAAGAGCCCUAUGAGUGAUAAAGUUGUUGACUUUAUAAGGUAUUCCUUAUCAAUAAUCCACUACUGGUGCUCGAAUGUAUUCCAGUAUUCAGGUCCAUUGAAGAGGACGUUUAUUGGAAGGUGGAUCGAGUUGGCCCUCCGCAAAAUUGAGCUUACAUCUCAGCCUCGUAUCGGUGCUACAGAUUUGAAGUUGGUUUUAAACCCCAGAAGUUUCAAUUCUGAGAUAAGAGAAGCCUGGGAGCUCUACAGAGAUGAAUUCUGGUCUAGAGAAGGUGCCAAGAGGAGACAGCUAUCCAACGGAGAUGAAAAGUCCAAACAGGUGAUGAACAAGGAGUCAUUGGUUGAGAAGCACAGACAACAAAGAAAAAAUCGUAGAAAGAGUAAACUUGAUGAAAAGUCACUCUUAUCAUCCAAAUGAAGUCAUGCAGAUGGAUCAAAAUGAUGUAUAAUUUAAUAAUGAACCGUAAAUAGUAGUGACUCUUAUGAGAUUGUUUACGGUAGAAGGUGGUGCUUUACCACAUCAUCAAUGUUUGUAUGGUGAA